AUGAAGAUUGUUCAAAUAGCCUCUGCUCUUACAAUUGCAGCUUCACAAAUUUCGGUAGACGCUGCUGCGGUCCGUCGCCGUCGACAAGAAGAAGCACGACCCCGUGGAAAGCCUCAUUAUAUAUCAUAUGAUACUACGGAACGUAAAGAGGAAUCAUCCUCCAGGCCUCGUGUAGAAAAUGUCAAGGACGUUCGACAAGAGGCUAAUCCUCGUAAUACGCCUACUGUUGUCGAGGAAACACAUGAGCGUCGGCAUAAUACUAUGCCUCGUACCAAGUCUAAUAUAAUCGAUGAGGAAACACAAGAACGGCAGCAUUCCAAAAGGCCUCGUACCGAGCCUGCUGCGAAGGAAACGCAGGAUCGGCAGCAUUCCAAUGAUCCUCGAACCGAACCUGAUAUCAAGGAAACACACGAACGGCAACAUGAUACAAAGCCUCGUACAGAUCCUGAUGUCACGGAAACUCUCGAGCGCCAGCAUAAUUAUACAAAGCCUCGUACUAAGGAUGGCGGUGAUGGCACACGUCCAAAAGAAGGCGACCCCAAUCACAUUGUCAAUGGCCAAAAUGCAGACGUUGGAGAAUAUCCAUAUUUCGUGGAUCUCCAUGGUUGUGGCGGGAGUCUGAUUGCUCCCCAAGUGGUCCUUUCCGCAGCGCACUGCGCUCCCACCAUUUCGCCUGGUCAAACGGUGAUUGUCAAUGGCUACGAACGAGGACAAGUCACCAGCGAAGCCAUUGAAAUGGGCGUAUUGAGUUUCGAAACCCAUCCCAUGUACAAUGAGGAUAUAAGUCUCGCGAACGACAUCAUGUUGAUUCAAUUGCAAGAACCUAUCACUGUGGUCACACCAGUGACACUGUCACUCAAUGAGAAUUCUACUGUACCAGCUCGCGGACAAUUGCUAACUGUAAUUGGAGUUGGUAACACGGAGGAAGAUGGAGAGCAAUCGAAUAUUCUCCAAGAGUUGACGGUUCCAGCUGUCAGUCUUGAAGCGUGCAACGAUGAGGAAUCUUACAAUGGAGAUAUCAUUGAUGAAGUCAUGUUCUGUGCAGGUGUGAUUGAGGGAGGUCAAGAUAGCUGCCAAGGUGACUCAGGCGGUCCAAUUGUGGCAGUUGAUGGCGACACGCAUGUUCAAGUCGGUGUUGUUAGUUGGGGAUAUGGCUGCGCACAGGCCGAUUUUCCAGGUGUUUAUGCUCGCACAAGCAGUGCCAUGGAUUGGAUCAACUUCCUGGUUUGCGAUUGCUGGGGCUACGCGGAUGCUAGCUUCUGCACUGGCGAUGACGGCACUGGAGGAUUUGAGUGUCCCGAUUCUUCAGCAUCGGCAGGAUGUGAACUCAUUCCCGGGUGGGCCGAUGCCGAUGGAUAUAGAUGCGCAUGGUACGAAGACUACGACUCCGUUGGUUGCCCAGAUCAUGGUGGUAGCUUUGUGGGAAGUGACGGAAUCACGGCAUGGGGAGCAUGCUGCCAUUGUCAAGGUUGCGAGCUCAUUGAAGGGUGGACUGAUGCUGAUGGAUUUGGCUGCACAUGGUAUGAAGAGAACGACCUUGUUGGUUGCCCAAGUAACGGUGAUAGUUUUCCGGCAGCCGACGGAACCACGGCAAUGGACGCAUGCUGCAUUUGCCAAGCAGGCGACGAUUCUUCAGGCAACGAUUCCUCAGGCAACCAACAAGUUAUUAGUGAUGACACUGCUGGAGCCGGUUGUAGUUUGGUAGAAGGAUGGACUGAUUCAUAUGGAGAUUCUUGUGAAUGGUACGAGCGAAACGAUCACAAGGGCUGCCCUUUGUAUGGUUCUGAAGUGGGCAUCGACGGGUUCACUGUUGGCGAAGUAUGUUGCAUUUGCAGGGGAAACGGUUGCGAGCUCAUUGAAGGAUGGACGGAUUCGUUUGGCGACAAUUGCUUGUGGUAUGAGUUGCAAGACAAUGCAGGAUGUCCUUUGCAUGGAAAUACCACUAGUACUGACGGUAUCUCGGCUAACGAUGCGUGCUGCCACUGUACUGCUGCCACUGAUGUUGUUGCUACUGAGGCCACCAAUGCUACGGACGGUGGGCGGAAGUGA